AUUAAAUUGUGGUUUUAAGUGCGAUAGAAUUUAGUAAUUGAAGUCCAAUAAAAUUUUUCAUUAUAAUUUCUUUACUAAUUCACGCCCGCCCAACGCCCGAAAUGGAGCAAGGCGGGCGGCGCGAUGAAGCGAGCGCGCCUCUUACGGAUCGCGGCGUUCGAUCGUAAAUACCGCUCAAUAUAACGAUUAAUCGAUUGCCUAUGACACAUGUAAUAACACAUAACUAUGUGACAAUGAGAAUUUUCCCAAGUGUGAAAGAAAAAAGCAUCGCAACUCCGGGUCGCGGGGGCUGGCACGCUAGCCAUGUAUGGAGCGCUGCGUCGGCGCACGACGCCCCUAUAAAAGCUUCCCGCACCGCUCUCCGCCGCACUCGCAGUCUCGCUGCCGUAGAGUCAACUUCCAGCGCGUCCCUCGAUCAAACAAAACCACAAAAAUGUGCGACGACGAUGUUGCUGCGCUUGUAGUCGACAAUGGCUCCGGCAUGUGCAAGGCCGGUUUCGCCGGCGACGACGCGCCCCGCGCCGUGUUCCCGUCCAUCGUGGGUCGCCCACGUCAUCAGGGUGUGAUGGUCGGUAUGGGUCAGAAGGACUCCUACGUAGGUGAUGAGGCCCAGAGCAAGAGAGGUAUCCUCACCCUGAAGUACCCCAUCGAACACGGCAUCAUCACCAACUGGGACGACAUGGAGAAGAUCUGGCAUCACACCUUCUACAACGAGCUGCGCGUCGCCCCUGAGGAGCACCCAGUCCUCUUGACUGAGGCCCCCCUCAACCCUAAGGCCAACAGGGAAAAGAUGACCCAGAUCAUGUUUGAAACCUUCAACUCCCCGGCUAUGUACGUCGCCAUCCAGGCCGUGCUCUCCCUGUACGCCUCCGGUCGUACCACCGGUAUCGUGUUGGACUCCGGUGACGGUGUCUCCCACACUGUGCCCAUCUACGAAGGUUAUGCCCUCCCUCACGCCAUCCUCCGUCUGGACUUGGCUGGCCGUGACUUGACCGACUACCUCAUGAAGAUCCUCACCGAGAGGGGUUACUCAUUCACCACCACCGCUGAGAGGGAAAUCGUGCGUGACAUCAAGGAGAAGCUGUGCUAUGUCGCCCUGGACUUCGAGCAGGAAAUGGCCACCGCUGCCGCCUCCACCUCCCUCGAGAAGUCGUACGAACUUCCCGACGGUCAGGUCAUCACCAUCGGUAACGAGAGGUUCCGUUGCCCCGAAGCCCUGUUCCAGCCUUCCUUCUUGGGUAUGGAAUCUUGCGGUAUCCACGAGACCGUGUACAACUCCAUCAUGAAGUGCGACGUUGACAUCCGUAAGGACCUGUACGCCAACACCGUCAUGUCCGGUGGUACCACCAUGUACCCCGGUAUCGCCGACAGGAUGCAGAAGGAAAUCACCGCCCUCGCUCCCUCGACCAUCAAGAUCAAGAUCAUCGCUCCCCCCGAAAGGAAAUACUCCGUAUGGAUCGGUGGAUCCAUCCUGGCUUCCCUGUCCACCUUCCAGCAGAUGUGGAUCUCCAAGGAGGAGUACGACGAGUCCGGCCCCGGAAUCGUCCACCGCAAGUGCUUCUAAGCUGGCUGGAGGUGUGCCAGCGCGCUGUGACACCGAGCGCGGCUGCGUGAUGCUAGUGAUGAGUGUUGUGGUUCUCAUGAACGCGAGCAUUUUGUACGAUGUACGUAGUGAUACCUGACAGAACUGAACAUCUUUUAAUGGAACGCCAUCUUAUUGUAAUUGUAAUUUAUUUGUAAAAUUUAUAUAAAUUUAUAAUUUUUUUUCAAUUUUUUAUUUUUUAUUAUUAUUAUUAUAAUUAUUAUAUUAUUAAUAUACAACGGGAUCGUUAUGGAUCUCACGCCAAAUGUAAUUAAUAAAUAAACGGUUAAUUUAUUUAUUUUAAUUACAUCAUUUCUUUUUUUAUACUUACUGAA